AUGUGCGUCGAAGCGCGCCAGUGUCCGCCAUUCUCCUUUCUCCCAAUGAUUUUACUUUUUUCCUUACUCUCGAUUGUUGCUGUUGUAGUCGAUGCACAGCCUGCGGUAUGUUUGGUUUUUCUUGUACUUGGUAGACUUUUCAUAUAUUCUCAAUUACUUCGUCUACGAAUGGAAUACUACUUUUUUUUGCGAAUUCUGAAAAUAUUACCCAUGAUCGAGAAAAUGUGGUAUUCGUAGAUCAGAAUGUUAGAACAUCUAAGACAACAGUUGAUAUUUUGAACUAUAUCAAUUAAAAUUCAAGAAGUGGGAUAAAUUUCUAUUGCAUAAGAGCCGAGAGAUAUUAUAUCUAUUUAACAAGACUUCAGUAUCGCUCUGCAUCAAAGAUUAAAAAUAAAAAUCAAAUUUUAAAGUUGGCAAAACCCUCAAAUAAAAAUAUAUGGAAGCAAUUGAAAAAAUCACCAAAAAGGUAGUUUUAUGACCAAAAAAAAACUCUUCUCGAAUAUACCCUCUAUUUCUGCUUUGAGCUAGUCUGCCUAAGAAAUAACCUCGCUUUCCCAACGCGACAACUUGAGGUAGACUUCAACCCUUUCUUGAAUCUUUUGCGGCCGGAGACGAUGAAGAACAUGGCGGAAAUCGCUUCAGAACUGUCGAAUAUGGCCUCUCGCAACGUCGUGAACAACGAACGCGACGUGCAGUUUGUCUACAUCAUCGGAAAAGUCUGAAGACAGUCCCAAGUUCAGGAAAACGGCGGCGUCUCCCCAAGAGGUCCGAUUUACCGAGAACACCCGUCCGUCUGAAAUUUUCGGCCAAAGUGCGAAUGACUUUCUAUUCUUGAACUAUUGCUCAUUAAGCUCUGUCGAAUUUGGCGACGCAAUCUAGAACUGCAUUUUUGGACUCGAUCGACAAAUUGGAGCACGCACAGGUCAAUACAAAGCUCUCAACGGUGUCGCCGAUCAUUCCAACCCAACCACAAGUUCUGACACCUCUUCGUCCAGGUUUUUCUUUCAAAACUAUUUAAAUAAGAUAAUUUUUCCAUUGAAUUUCUUAGAGAAAAAAAGACAUAAGGUGAGUCAGAAAUGAACGAAUAGGAAAAAAAUAAGCAUGACGAAGCUGUUCAGUUCGAAUGUACUUUUUACAAAAAAAAGGAUAAAAUGCCCUUUUUAAAAGUGUUCUAACAUUUUCAAAAGAAAAAAACUUUUUGAGAACACUGUAAUUCGAUCGGCUUUGAAACUGUUUUUUUCAUAUUUAUGUACAUUAUUCAGUCUCCUGAUAGCUUUUUUUUUUUCUAACAACGAAUCUUCCAAUGAAACUUUUUGAAGAAACUGAGCGACAAGAAGUCCCAAUCCAAACAUCUGGCCCAACUGAACGCGACGUCCUCGGCGUCUCUACCUUUCACCACCGUUCAAACCAAAACUUUGAAAAUUCUCAUUUUGAAGAAAAUUUAGAACCUAAAGAAAUACGAUACGCAGAAGCUGUCAAAACCGCCGUACCAGACCCCCCUCCUAUAAAAGAAUCCAUCCCGACUGGCGGAAGCAAUUUCGACAGCAGCCCGUUUAUGCAAAUAGCCAAAAAGUUCUUACAGCCCUCCAGAGACGCACCGAAUAGUGAAAAAGGUUACCGAAUGAAAAAAAAAAUUCCCGUUAAUUCCUACUUUUCUUCAGAACAGCUACCACAAAUAGGUCUCCGUGACUUGGUGCCUAAUGCUGAUAAUAAUUUCGGCCUACCAAAGGGAAAAGGUAUAGUUUUGCAUUCAGAAAAGCUUAGUGAUGCUUUCAAAAUCUCAAAAAUUAUGUUUACCUCAAAAAAAAAACCAACGAAUACUUUUCGCGCCUAUCAAUAAAUGAGUUGACUUUUUUUCUAGGAUGCCUGCCCUUCAUCAACGAGUUCAUGCAGGCAGCCUAUGGAAACUGCCAAAAAGCAGCAGACGAAAAAGCCUUCGACACUUGGGCGAACGAACUGCGCAAUGCAAUCAUCAAUGGACAGAUUGACUUGCUAGGAGCUAGGUUCUUGAGAAAAUACUCUAUCGGGAAAAUAAUCUUGAAAAAAAGCCAGGAGACCUGUCGAAGAGGAGCUGAAAGACAACAAUGCGACGCCUUACGUCAGGCGAUAGCCGAAUGUGACGUCAUCGCUAGUCUCAACAUCGGCUCACAACUACAAAGAGCUAUAAAACGGUGCGACGAGGUGUCAGGGCUCGUCGACCAGGUGAUCCUUGCAUUUCUAUGCACAUAA